AUGAAUCAGAGAAAUAAAUGUCUAGGUAAUAUGAACAAUGCGCCACACAUAAUGGCACAAACACCAGUCGACGAGCCAACAUCCAAGAAACCGCGUAAACGAACACGUAAAACUGCUGCCGGUGGAGCCGGUGGUGGCGCGAAGAAGAAAAACAACGCAUCACCUGCACCGAGCGCACCGAAUUUUCCACUGAAUUCACAUUUUCCGAUUCAAUAUCAGGACGUAAUGGUUGUCGGUGAACCGUCGAUGAUGGGUGGUGAAUACGGUGAAGAGGACGAACGCACCAUAUCCCGAGUGGAGAACACUCAGUUCGAUCCGAACGCCAUUCAGACAUCCAUAUCGAACAUCGGACAACAAAUGCCCGUUUCAAUGGCCGGUAGUCUCGGUGGACCACCACCACAAAGUUAG